GCCAAUUGAGGCUCGAGGAGGGAGGGACGGCGGCGGCCAGAAGGAAGCUGGCGGGAAAAGACGGAAGAGCGGCCGCUGACGAAGCCGGGAAGGCCGCCUGGGAGUAAGUCUCAGGAAGACUGAUGAAGGCAGAAAAGAAAAAGCACCUUCCAGCAGAAAAGAGGAAGAUGAAACAGAAAAAGAAAUCCACGAAGCAUCCAAAGCCACAAAUGGCACCAGAGGAAGAUGAACCUGUACUGAAAAAACAUAAACUAAACGGGAAAAAACAAGAGGAACAAGAGGAAGAGGAGACAGAAGAAGAACUUUCUCCAGAGGAGAAGAGGAUAUUGGAACGAAAGCUGAAGAAGGAGCGUAACAAAGCACAAAAGAAAUUAAUGCGAGAAGCGAGGAUUGGGGCCAAGAAGAACGAACCUAAGAAGCCAUCGGGGUCAGAGAUGGCACUGGAUUAUUUAAACACCUGGUCUGAGAGUCCUCAAGGCUGGAAAUUUCAGAAGACCAGGCAGACAUGGCUUCUUCUGCAUAUGUAUGACAAAGACCAGGUCCCCGAUCAAUAUUUCUCCAUUUUGCUGCGGUAUCUUGAAGGACUUCAAGGCCGUGCCAGGGACACAACGGUCCAGAAAGCCGAAGCUCUGAUGAAGGAGUACGAUCACUCUGAAAUGGAAGACGAUCUCCUGGAAGAAAAACGUGAACGUAUCCGGAAGGUUUUGCAGUUGCUAUCAUAAAAAAAAAACCAAGCCCUGACCUUGCCCACAUUUCUUAGACCAGAAGUCCCCAACCUUUUGGGCACCAAGGACCGGUUCCGUGGAGAGGGGUUUUUCCACGGAUCGGAGGGGUGUGUGAUUUUGUGUGCUGCCUGCAUCCUGUGGAUGGGACUUUGCUUGUUUGUGCAGACCGGUUGCUGGCAUGCCGCGGCCCGGUACCAGUCCACGGACUGAGGGUUGGGACCCCUGUGUUAGACCCUUCUACCGGCAUCAAGUUACAAGAACAAUAUAAAUUCUUAUCCAGUCUUUAGAUUUCAAACUCUCGGCCACAAACCCUGAUGUUGCUUUGAAAUCUCUUCCAGGGUUGCCAAGCAUGUGGAGGAAAUAACUAAAAAGAAAAAGAAAAAAUCAAUAAAUGGAUCGGUAUUGAAAACAAUACUUGGAUUCAACUUUUCAGAA